ACUCUUCAUUUCCAUCCGAUCAUGCUGUUAUUCCAAGUGCUAUUUGCUGGUCUAUUGCUGGUUACUGCAUCUAAAGCCAAAAUAGGAUAUUUCUGGCACAUCACUGACAUUCAUUACGAUGUACACUACUCUGUGAAAGGCGAUACAAGGAAAAAUUGUUGGCGCACCGAUGUGAACGGCGGUGCAUUCUAUCCAGACGGCAGAUUCGGCGAUCACAACUGCGAUUCGCCCUGGGCUCUCGUCCAAUCAGCGGCCAGAGCUAUGAAAGCAAAGCAUGGUGAUAAUGUCGAGUUCGUCCUGUGGACUGGAGACGGACUAUCUCGGACAGCCAUUGGCAGGUCGUCGGAGCACCAAGUUUCAGCGCUGCAGAACCUGACAAGUCUGUUGAGGAACGCUUUUAGCAGUCAGUUUGUGUUUCCCGUCCUCGGCCACGACGACCCUGGUUCGAGCCCCGGCGAGCGACUCAGUUACGGAGACCUCGCCGACUUCUGGAGACAGUGGCUGCCCACCGAAGCCAUACAAACAUUCAAAACAGGUGGCUACUACACGAUAGAACAGAAAAAGCACAAGUUGAGGAUAAUCGCACUUAACACGAACCUGUACAGUCAGACGAAUGCGCAGGAAGAUCCAUCCGGCCAAUGGCUGUGGCUGGAGUCAGUGCUGGCCAAGUCACUCAAGAAUCGAGAAACUGUGUACUUGGUCGGUCACAUGGGACCAGGAGCAGAUGAGAGGCAACCAGAAGCUGUUCCGCUCUUCCAAGAAAAAUUCGCUAGAAGAUAUCUCCGCUUAGUCAGAAAAUAUGCUCAAAUAAUAGUGGGACAAUUCUUCGGUCAUCUACAUUCAGAUACUUUUCGACUUGUCUACAGUGACCAAGGUCAACCAGUAUCUUGGAUGCUGAUGGCUCCCGCGGUGACGCCGAGAAGAACUAACAGUGGAUCCGCGAAUAAUCCUGGCCUAAGACUGUACAAAUUCGACACGGAUACUGGACAAGUGUUGGACUAUACGCAGUACUACCUGGACUUGGAAACGGCCAACUCAAGGGACCAGGCAGACUGGCAGCCGGAGUACAACCUGACCACCUACUAUGACCUCAAGCACCCCAUCACUCCCCAGUCACUGCACGACCUCGCUCAGAGCUUCCGCAGUGAUCCCCACUCCACCUACUUCCCCAGGUACUACAGAGCGAACUCAGUGGGCUUGGACUCAGGCGAGUGCAUGGCGAGUUGCGUGCAUACGCACUUCUGCGCGAUCACCAAGCUCGACUACACGGAGUUCACGCACUGUCAGGAGGCGGCUGCCUCCGCCCUGGCCUCGUCGGGGCCACGCCUUGCCACCGUCACGCUCGCCGCGUGGCUGUUCGCUGUCACGCCGUUUGUCACCUGAUCGGGUCGAGCGGCCUUCGCCUGUCGCGAAUAGGCUGUCUCAAUGCUGGCCAAGCUACAGACUCUUCCAAACAAGCCGCUGAAACUAGUAAUGCUUCACAAGAUUUACAAUGUAUCAAAGUGAAGAUGAUUCUGCAAGUGCUGAAACUGUAUGGGAAACUGCAAAUUCGUCUCGUUCUAUCGAACUGAGGAAAGCUCUGCAGGUGCUGAAACUCUAUGGGAAACUACGGAAACGUCUCAAAAAUCUUUUAGAGUGAGGAAAACUCUGAAGGUGCUGAUACUCUAUGGGAGACUACGGAAACGUCUAAAAAAUCUUUUUGAGUGUGGAAAAUUCUGUACCUAGGUGCUGAUACUCUACGGGAAACUACUAAGGCGUCUCAAUAUGUGCAAUGUAUCGAAGUGAGGAGAAAUUUUCAAGUGCUGAAACUCUUUGGAAAACUACUAAUGCGUCACACGAUUUACAAUGUAUCGAAGAGAGGGAAAAUCUGCAGGUUCUGAAACUCUAUGGGAAUCUGCUAAUGCGUCUCAAGAAUCUAUUGAUGUGAGGGGAAAUCGGCAGGUAUUCUCGAAUGCAUCAUCAUUUGAUACUCCACAAUUUGUUAACAAUGAAAAAUAAUCUUCAGAUCCGAUAUUUUUUCUCGCUUGAAUCUUUCGACACUUAUAAUGAUUCUGCAGAUUAUUUCAAUGUUGUAGAUGCAUUUGAUUCUCGAGAAUCGUUUGCCAAUGAAAAUCUGUAAUUUUUUUAAUUACCUGUACAUGCGUCUUGAAAGCACUCGAUUUUCAAGAAUCUGUUAAUAUUGAGCGAGAAUCUGUAUAAUAAUAUGCUUCUUGAAUAAGUGUCGCAAUUGGAAGAUUUCCAAUUGAAGCCACAUGCUCUCUAAAUGAUGACAUCAACACUCAGAAAAACCUACUGUUGGUGCUUUUUGGGAAUGAAUUGGGUGCUCCAUCCAAUAAAUUGGGUUAUCCUGGUAAUGAAUCCUUCUUGUAUCUGUCACCUAUAAUUCAGGGUUGAAGAGAAAGAAUGUUCUCAUCAACCUUGGCUCGAAUAGGCCAGCUGAAAUGAGAGACUAGAAUGAGCUAAAAAUGCUUCUUCGUGAUUUUGUAUGUCGAUCUCGGUGUUUAGACUUCAUGAAUGGUGCAAAUUAAUUAUUUUUUUAACAAAUUUUGUUUGGAGAAUGAAUUUUUGUUAGGUGAAUUAUGGACAUUGUGUUAUGGAUGUAGGAAACGGUUAUAGAUAUUUCUUCAGUAUAAUGUGUGGUGAACGAGAUUAAUGUGUACAUUCCGCUUCUCUAUUUGUUAAACAAUUUUUCGGGUAAAGGCCUGUUGCACAAGAACAGUGAAGUCCUGUAAUACAAGGAACAACUGAAAACUACUCAUAGAUGACAUGAAUAGUGAGAAUUCUACUAUUUAAAUAAUUUAUAUGAUUUAUAAUAGAAUAUGAACAGUUUUUCACCUGUAUUACAGGACUCCUCAAUAAUCAUAAUGGGUGCCCACCGUUGUAAUAAGUUAUUCAGUGAUGGAUAUAAAAAUAUUGAGUAUUGAAGAUCUUGUUAGAGAAGGAGAGUUCUGAAUAUGAACGUGAUUAUUGUAAGAAUAAAUUAAUCUAUCGACUUCAUCGUUGUUGGUUAUUGUCGUAACUUAAUCUCUCAAUGCUUCCAAACGAUAGCUUGUCUUUUUUACAGAUUUGAUUUUUCGCCAAUUGAGGUUAUUACACUUAUAACGUAUUGAUUUUUGUGUAUGUUCUGCUUAUUGUGAGUAUCUUAUACAAAAAAUGUGAAAAUUAUGCGUAAUGAAGUUAUGCGUUGAAAAUGAUGACUGAACGUGCGUUGAAGUUAUAUUCAUGAUUCCUCAGUGGGAUCAGAAAGUGUCGUUUAUUUGAGUUUUAAUGCUCUGUGCAAGGCUUUUACGAAUUUAAAUCUUUCCUUGAUUGGAGAUUGCAGAGCCUGCGUUAUUGGCCUACUUCUCAAAAAACACUGUUGAUUUACUUAGCAAUCGGACGUGUUACUGUUCAAAAGCAGUAGUUGUAUAAACUAUUUCAAACUUCAUUAUCUUCAUUCAUUUGAAGAUCAACUAGUGAACUGAAAAAUUAUAGUCAUUUUUGUGUGAUAAGCUGUAAAUUGUAAAUAUUAUGUAGAAGUUCCUUCGAACUAAGGUUGUUUUAUAUGAAUAUAGUAUAUGUUUCCAGUGAUGAGAUUUUAUGUUACUCAUUGUUCUCUUACAUGGAUCAUUAUUGAUUAUUAAUAUUGUUUUUUCAUCGAUGAUGUGCAAUUUUAAUAAAAUGUUAUAUCUUUACAAUA